AUGUCCUCCACUGGAAUCGCCGUGGGUCUGAACAAGGGUUUCCCUGUUAACAAAAAGCAGGUGGCUCCUCGCCCCGCUUCCCGUAAAGGACGUGCUGGCAAGAAGACGAAACUCGUGCGUGAAAUCGUGCGUGAAGUGGUUGGCCUUAUGCCGUAUGAGAAGCGCAUUCUUGAUAUGAUCAAGAGUGGUGGUUCAUCGGCUGAGAAGCGUAUCUACAAGUUUUCUAAGAAACGCUUGGGAACGCACCGUCGUGCUUUGCAGAAACGUGAAGAGAUGAAGGCGUACUACGCUGCUCUUCGUGCGAAAGCCGUGCAUCACGCUUAG